UGUUUUUCUCUUUAUUACAGGUGACAAACCAUUAGUUACCGCGUUCAGUUUUUACAAUAGUUGUGUAACACAGAUCGUGAAUCUUGAAGGUAGAAGCGGAAUCGGAAGCUUUGGUUGAAUUUUUUUUAUGAAGACAAGAUGAGAAGCCCGGUGUCGAUCCUUGGCUUUUGCUGCCUGCUUGUCGCGUCGAUUGUCUUCAAGAGUGCCGAGGCUCGAAUCCAACCAAAACCAAUGGACCAUUUCUACAUUGACGACACGGAAGAUGACACGGAAGCCGGGUCAGGUUCAGGCAGCGGAGCUAUGCCCGACCAUAUACCGACAUCUACGAAACACGCAUUGCACAUUCCGGAUCUACGGUUUCCAGAUGACGAAGAUGUCGCUAGUAACAUGCUGCCUCACGAUCACAAGGAGAAAUCCGAGGGGAGUGGGGAAGCUAACCUCGUUGAAGCCGCUGUGAUAGGAGACGUAUUCCAUCGGAAUGCAAAUCACUUCGACAUCACCAAUGAGUUGAUUAAAUUGGAUGGGAACAACGAAGUGGUUCCGGCUGUUUCGAUGACGCCUACCACAACAGCGACACCUAUUGAGCGCGUCAGUACCGUAUCCCUGCCGGCGACAACCCUGAAGGAGGAAGAUCAAAAGCCUAACACCGGUGCACCAUUGGAUGAAGAACCAGAAACGCCGAAACCUUCUGUAAGACCGGAACAUAAUUCUUUGGAUGCUGAUCCAGCAGUUGUUCCUGCGAUUAUUAUUCCUGAAGCAUCACCAACAGCAACUCAUGACAGCAGCACAGAACAUGAGCGGCUUUUCACUCCAGUUGAAGAUACGUCUUCUGUUACACCCAGUGUUUCAGAAAUCCACAAGCACGAACAAGACCCUACCACGACACCAAAGCAAGAUCAGCCCUCUGUAGACACGACAUUGGCCCCCGUGGAAGAAGUACCACACAAGAAGAAGCAAAUCCACCCAGCCGAGGUCCACGUUCCGGACACCACAACAGGAGCCCCUGAAACAACCACAGCUUCUCGGGAAGAAAUCAUCAUCGAUUCUCAAGAACCAACUGAAGCACCAGCCGUGAAGGAGAGCACCACUAAAGCAUCCCAAGCGGAUACUGCCAACGAAAUUGUCGACCAUGAGCAGAACGCCAAAGAACACGUGGACCAGGAAGGAAGAAGCGCGUUUCCUACUCCUGCUGCAGAAGAAGCAGAUGAUGAUGAUUACAAGGAAGCAGAAGAAGAAUCGGAAGAUGACAAAGCAGAGGUUCUCAAUUGUUCGCAGAUUCCCGGCGGACACCGAUUCAGCUUCACCCAGAGUCCUUCGGCGUUUGUGGAGACGACUUCCAGUACGGAAGCCAGGGUCACCCUGAGGUUCAUUGCGGGUUGUGAGGCCAAGAACGACGCCGUUCCUACUCGACCCUGGACUCUGACCAACUUUACUACAGCCUGGGUAUUCACAGACACCGCAGGCAGGUCAUGCGUCAUCAACAACAGCACUCUCUCAUCACGACACCCCCCGUGCUACUUUGGAAAUUUCACCAAGCUCGCGAGUGAGACACUCUACGAAGAGAACAGCUGUAGGAUCGAGUCAGUGCUCGACAUCGUCGACGCCGGCGACCGAGUAUCGGGCAGUUUCAAGCUGCUCCUCUUGUACACGUGCCUCGAAGACGACGGGUUCCCCGCACUCAGGUCCCCACUGGACCCCGUACACGCGUCGCUAGAGUCCCCCGUGGCCAUUGCGGUUCGUGUCUACGAAAAGCCCAACUACGUGGUCCAAGUGGCGGUCAUGAGCGCCAUAGUUUUGCCACUGGUGGCAUUUGCGAUAUUCAUCACGGUGCGCCACGUGCGGGACCGGACGCAGGCUCGCAAGCGAGUGUAUCUCGACAACACCGGCGCCACUAUGGUGCCCAUCAACAAUAACUGCACGUACAAGAAGGUGGAUCCUUCGGCGGAUGAUGACGUGGAGGCGCACAAGGUCGGUGGCGGCUGCGGCGAUGACGGAACAAAGGAGCCGUUGGUGGAGAAGCUCAAGUUGGCGCCGAUUGCCGCCAAGGAAGAAGAUGACGAUGAUGAUGAUGACGUUGCUUGCGGCAACAACAACGUUUGCUGAUGUGAACCGGUCACUCAUUUUUUGUUUGGGUCUCCCGUUGCCACUCAAGUUUUUGGAAGUCCCUGUGAUUUGUACGAUGAAUUCCAUUUGGUGUCCAAGGUCCAAUCUCUCGCCGAGGAAUUCCGAAAAAGAAAACCUGAGGGCAAACGUCAUUAACAUAAGUUUAACCAACGAAAUUUAAAAUGAAAUCCUAAAAAAUACAAGUGCCAAAAUGGUCAAGAAAUCUGCUGAAGCGCAAUUUCCGUUGCGAACGCAAUUUGAACAUAAAUUGAAGCUGCGGGCUCCUAUUUUGAAACGACUCUUCUUGCAAAAAGCAGGCAUGCGCCGUGCAUAGAAACAUAAUUUACACCAAGGGUUUUGGUAUGAUAUCCACAAACUCAAUUCAUUUUUUUGCAUGGCAUUUUGCUCCUUAACUCGUUUUGACGCAAAAAUAUUGUUCGUCAGAUACAUAACUAAUUUUUUACCAACCUCGUUCGCCAAAAAAAAAGCUACGCGAAAUAUUCUUCAAAUUCAAAUCCUUGGCGUUUCAAAAUAUACUUGAAUUAGAACUGAUGAAAAAUUGCAGAACAGCACGUUAAUAAUUUAAUUGAUACGUACCCUCAAAUUAACUUAUAAUAUGAAAACAAGAUGAUUCACGUCAGAUCUGGUUCUUCCUCUUUUUCGAGAGUGGCAACGGACUUGAGAGACAGGAAAGGUUUUGGUAAUCGCAGGCUUGUGAUGAAAAUUUGACUUUUUUCGUAACUAUUCUAGCGUUUUUUGCGCGUGGCUUUCGUUUCCCUAGUUCCUCUGGAUCUCCAAGAUGGGCAUUCACAAAUUUUGGGACUCCACGGGGUUUUUCGAAAACUGCAUCAAAGUCCUGGGUACAAGAACCCAUUUUUCGUUUCCGAAAAGCCCUGUAGACCUUGGAAAAAAUUUGGAAUGCCUUUCAUAACGUUUCCUCAUUUCGUUUUUGAAAGGACGAAGAAAGUCGGGGAUUUUUUCUUCUUUACACGCACGAAACUAAGAGAAAUCAGUGGGGAAAUGAGAAAUUCCUUGAACGUGAUGUCAUUUACAUUAAAUCGAAUUCAGUGAGGCGUACUUAAUGGAGCUGUUGGUGCUGAAGUUGGGAGACUUUUUGAACGACUCUUCCACGGAAUUUCCAUGGUGUUCUUCGAAGAAGACUUCCUGCGUUUGUUUUUGGAGCAGCGUAAGGUUUAUAAUUUAUGCGAAUAAAAAAAAAAGGACUGUCUUUUUUACGCAACCGAAAA